AUGUGCCGCAGCCCCACAAGGACCAUAUGCUGCAGCUCCACAAAGACCCUAGUACACAGACUUAUCCAACAAGCCGCGGAGGUUCUCCGCCUUCGAAUGAAAGGCAAGCAUGAAGAAGCUGACCAGCUUUCGAGAGAAACGGAGGCUGUGCUGCAGGAUCAAGGCACUUCUGUUGAUGAGCCUAGGCAUGAAAAGGGAAGGAGCUCAAUCAGGCAUACUAUAAAGCAUGCUAUAGCUGCUGAAAGCAGGAAAGGAGAAGAAAAUGCUGACCUGCAUGCUACAAAUAUAAUUAUUCAGAACAAACAUUACGACAUGUCUAGAUGCGUCGAGGAUGAGUACGAAGAUCUGGGUGAUGCUCCCAGAAGCAAGAGUAGAGAUGCGCGUGUGGAGAAGAAGAGCACCCAUAGGCACAUCUUAACCCAGAAAGAGCGCUGUUUGUACUGUUUCGAGAACCCAUCCAGGUUGGUUGUUGCUGUAGGAAACUUCACUUACCUGAUGCUGCCUCAGUUUGACCCUGUUGUUCGAGGGCACUGUCUUAUUCUUCCAUUGCAGCAUGAGCCUGCAACUAGAGCAACUGACAGUGGUGCUUGGGAGGAGAUUCCCAACUUCAAAAAGUGCCUCCUGAAGAUGUUCUUGCAGCAGGGCAAGGAUGUGAUCUUCUUGGAGACCGUUGUAGGCUUGGCCAAGCAACGGAGACAUUGCAUGAUCGAAUGCAUCCCUGUCCCCUGCGAAGUUUCACACAAAGCGCCCAUGUACUUCAAAAAGGCGAUCGAUGAAGCCGAAGAAGAAUGGUCCCAGCAUGAGGCGAAAAAGCUCAUCCGGACGAGCGGUGACCUGAGGCAAGUCAUCCCGGAGAACUUCGCCUACUUCCAUGUGGAGUUUGGGCUGGACCGUGGGUUUGUCCACGUGAUAGACGACGAGGGCAAAUUCAGUGCUGGUUUUGGACUGGAUGUCAUCAGAGGUGUGCUCCGCUUGCCAGCGCAGGGCAUGGACCGACGUCCAAGACAUGUGCCCAUGGAUGAUCAGAAGAAAGCCAUCGCCGGCUUCGUGAAGGACUGGGGGCCUUUCGACUGGACAAAGCAACUCGACUAG